AGUGCGGAAACCGGGCUUUCUGCGUUGUCUCGGUUGGCGAAUUGGCACUUGGUGAAGUCGGUUUCAAUUUACGAUAAUUGUGCCGGAUAGCAAUUUAGUGAGGUUUCUGCUCGAAUUUGAAAAAAUAAAACCUAGUGACCAGAUUCCGAAAGGAAGAGACGGGAAAAAUUCCGAGACAUCUACUGUGCGUACACAGGUCGUCCAAUCGCCGAGGACAGCUGCGAAAAGAGGGACAGUGCAAAAAGAAAAAAAAACGUGGAUAACGUAUUGUGGGGCAGAGAAGCCGGAGAGACAAAAUUAAAUCGAAAUAACUCCUAGUUAGCGUUUGAUACGAACGACCGCGAAAGAAAAAAGAAAAAACUCACAGAAAGAAGCUGUCUCCGAUAUCGAACCUGGACCGAAAGAGACAAAAAAUCUACUUUGCUCGAAUUAAUUAAGUGGAAACAGCCGGUUGUGGUACCUAAUUCAGUGUUUCGCAGUCAGUGUGUGAAAAUUUGUGGAACGGACUAAAAAUAGUGCCAUCCGCAUACCGACUAUAUUUACAAGUCGCCAGCGUCAACUCCACUGCCGAGAGUGAGGGUGGCCGACGGCACAGUGAAAGGUGUGAAUCUUCACAAGGCACUCGGCGGGAGUGAGUGCAGCACCAUAAUUUUGAAAUUAUGAAAAUUAGUACGCGUCCCCCUGCCGGUGGAAUUAAUUGGUGCAUUCUGGUUGUGUGUUGAAAGUGAGCAUAUUGUUUGAAUUGUUUGGUUGGAAGAUAAAUACGAUCAACGAGUGUUGCCGGAAAAUUUGAAUUACAAAGUACGAGAUUGUGGGGAAGCAAGUUGAAACUGAAGAUAUUUGCCCGAACAGUGACGACUGGAGCCAACUGGAGUAGUGCCUGCAGAAUAAGUGGUUGACAAAAGUUGCGCUCAGUUUCAAAUUGCAAGAAACGAAAUAUACACCACAGUCGCGGCGUGCCUCCAUCCAUUACCCGAUUUCCCUCGCGUUUUCCCGGGGCAGCAAAGACGCCUACGGCGGUCGAGGCAAACAAAUACUAAACAACACCAAGAAGACACCCGAGGAAGAAGGCACCUACCGACCGUCGGGAAAUCCGAAACUUGGAGACUCUUAGAUCAUUCUAUUUCCGCUAGCGCAAGCCCCGCUCGUUCCUGCCGUUUUACGAUCUUGGAGGCAACUCUUUCCCUGACCACCGAUGAUGGUGAUGGUGAUGAAAGAAAUGGAUCAAUGCUGUCCAAACAUUUGCUGAACCACUCCCAAGUUGAGUUAUCGUGCGAACAGAAGUAACACACGUCUCAGCAGCGUUCUGAAGGUGUGCUGUGAAAGAAAGGACACGUGUUUAGUAGUAAUAUAGGAAAAAAAACAAAACAGUGAUAAGAAAACAGUUGCUCCUGUAGAAGUAAGGUGCGAAAAGUGACAUCAAAAUGGGAGCGCCACCUGCCAAGAAGCCGCUGGUCAACAAAAACCUCAUCUCGCUCAAAGUUGUCCUGUUUCUGUUCUAUGCCGCUCUAGGAUGCCUCCACCCGUAUCUGCAGAAGCACAUGACCCUCACCGGGUUGGACUACAAGGAAUCGCAAAUCAUCUCGGUAGUGGCCCCACUGAUCGCCAUACUGGGACCGCUGAUAUUCGCUCCUCUGGCUGACCGUCUCGCCGGAACCAAUGGAAGCUCGUACGGGCGAAGGCUACGUUUUCUGGCCUCCUUCUGUAUGAUCGUCUCCGCCAUCCUGUAUGCCAUUCUGUUCUUUGCCGUUCCACCGAUUGAACGCCAAGAGUCGAGCCGGUCGCAGGUGAGCUUCGCAUGUGACUUGGACGGGGCCAUCAUCUUCCAGCAGCGUUGCUCCGAGGAACGUACCUGCUAUCACUGGAAGAAGGAAAAGAUUGGUCACCUAACGCUGCUGAACUGUUCGUACACCUGUCAGAAGCCGAUCGAAUUUGAAAAUCUGAAUCACCCCUACACCAAAGGUGUGACCGUAUCCCCUUCCACCGAAAGCUCCAUUGAAGAUGACGAUUACGAUUUGACCGACGAAGAUUCAGAUGUUGCACCAGCGAAUCUGGAGCUGCCGAGAAUAGAAGUCGAUAACACGCCCAUACCGGUGCCGCACAUCUGCGAACACAAAGGCACUCCCGAAUCGGAGAUCUGUCACGCUUACACCCCGGCUACCGAAUCACUCAAGUUCGAAACGAUUCUACGGAGCGCAGUGAAUGACGAAAACGAAACGCACAGUGCCGAGUGGUGUCGGUAUCCGUUGGAUGGAUUCUCGUGCAAUAUACCGGAGAAGCAAGUCAAGUGGAUGAAAUUGCUGACCAACUCUUCGCACUGUACUCCGAAGAUCGAAUGCGAAGUCCACAAUCCGUACGAUAACGAGGAAAGUGUACUGGCUGAAAGUGUUUGCAUGAAGAUUGUCGGAGAUCCAGAGGUCACUUUCUGGUCUUAUCUAUUGUUGCGAUCGUUUGCGGAUGCCUUCCCAUUAGCGGCAAUCGUACUGCUGAAUGCUGCCACCAUUAUCGCCACCCGGGAGACCUCUACCGGUAGAGGAGAUUUCGGUCGCCAGAUCGUUUGGGGUGCAAUUGGAUGGGGCCUGUUCUAUUUUGUCCUAUCCUGGUUCUUUGAAACCUACUACGUCUAUGUUGCCUUGGUGGUGCUGGCAGCCAUUGUUCUCCUACUGUCAUCCGGAAUGCCUCUUACUCCUCCAGAGAUGUGGUGGCACACCAAAUGUGGAAUGGUUGCUAUCCCAAUGUCAGCUAUUCGAAGAUACGUACCGGAAGCUGCUGGCCUCUGCUUGGUUACUCUGAUUCUGGGAACCUUUUGGAGCGUUUUGGACAACUACGAAGGCGUUCUGGUCAAGAAUUUUGAAGUUCUUCCAUAUUCGGAUGAAUACUACGGAACAACCUGGAGCGUAUUUGUCAUUCUGGGAGCACUGCUUGUGAUUCCGAUUUUGUGGUAUGCAGAGAACAUCGUUGACUACUGUGGACACUCGAACAUCCUGAUCGCUGCUAUAACGACUUUUAUUUUCCGCUUCUCCUUGUUGGCCAGCCUGGAUGUGACAUGGUGGCGCGUAGUUAUCGACUUCCUCUAUCCCAUAACCCUUGGUCUUACCUGGUUAACGAUUAUAUUCUACAUGCGCCAUAUCAUCCCUCGUCGUAUUAUUACAACCGGCCAAGCUCUGCCUGUGAUCUUCCACUUCUGUCUGGGCCGAUUCAUCGGUGCCCUGAUUGCAACGUGGACCAAGCUAGACUGUCUGAUUACCACCUUCCAAGUGCUAGCCAUCGUUGCCUGUGCCGUUGCCGUGAUCUAUUUCCUUUUGUAUCACUUUGUCCUCGCUCCUCGUUGCGCGUCACGUUUGACUACAGUACCAUCUACAUCCGCUCUGCACAUCACCGCACCGGAAGCGAAUGGGCAAAGCCAGUCCCCUCAGCAGCAGCCUCUACAACCGUCGAACGGCAGCUACCAACCCCUCCGAAUCUACCACAACUAUCGCGGUCGAAAGGGCCACUUUAGAUAUUAAACUUCAAAUUAAAAAAAAUACAUUAGUACAGAUGAGGCAUCUAGUCUUCGUCAUAUAAAGCAAACAAAAGUCGAGAAGCAUCGUUUAGCCGCGAUCAAAAUUGGUACCAAAUCAAGUAUGUACACGAAUUACUGGAAAAUCCCUCUCGAUCACAUAGAUUAUUUAUUGUCGUUUUUUUUUCUCUCUGAUAACUUCUAACUAAACUAGGCUGAGUGAGCCCGAAUCAUCGGCCAAUGUGUGUACGUAGAAUCGUUGACUUGACGGUAAAUUGUAUUAUUUUUUUACCAGUUUUAUCCCUACUUUUAGUGUCCUAAAAUCUCGAUAGGCGUGUAGAACAUGUAGGUAGGAUAGACCUUUUUGGAUAAGAAUCGAAUCUCUUCGCUGUGCUUCUUUUGUGCAGUGGUUCUCUCUACAACUACUACUAAAUAACUACGCUUAUACAACAAGGAUUAAUUUUCAAAAGGACUGCGUGGGUGAGCUAAGACUUUCGACAAAUUGACAAUUGUUUUUUUUUUAGCAAAAGCAGAUCCGUCCUUUUGAAAAUACAUCCUUGACAUUACUAAUAGGAUGUAAGAUUUUUUCGACUAAAAUCCUACACACAAACUCGUUGUUAAGUGACUGUCACUAAAAAAAAAAAGUUGUAAAACAAGAGCAGAAACAUAACAGUAUAACAAGCUUAAAGCAAUCAAAAUCUGAAAUUACAGAACCACUAUUCGUUGAUAUGAAAUAACGUUAAAAACUAAAGUGUACCUUGCAAACUGAAGCCGAAAAUCAUCCGAGCUUGCAGCCACAGCACUAAAUGUAAAUGCGCGGGAAAUAUUUCGAGCGUGUUUCGCUGCCGAUAAAUAUUUCAACCAAAGCACAAAAGCUGCGAAUCGCGGGAAACAAAUCACAUGCGUGCUGAAUAAGAGCAAGCUUGAAGAGCCUUAACCAUCUAUAAAUGUCUUUCGAAAUUCGAGCCGUAUACUGAUACAAGCAAGCAAACGUAUAGAAAAUAUAUUUACAUGUACCGACACACAAAAGCUUGAAAUACAAAUCAAACUAAAUGAAUACUCUUUGAAACUUGUACUGUUAAAUAAAACUUGAGCAAACUGUACACAGAUCACAAAUAUCAUACCGAUUACCUGCUUGAAUCAACAAGAUGUUAAAUUGUUAAAUCAGCUUCGGAAAACUGAAUUGUUGUUAACAUAAACUUGAUAAACAAGUAAAUAUGGCAACGUACGAGCGUGUACUAAUCAAGAAAGCAGCAGUCCUGAGCAUCUAUUUGUAAAUAAAUAAGCGCUGAAACAACCAAA